CGACCAGUGUGUGACGUGAACAAAACCUUCUUUAUGAUAAUGGACUGCUAUAAAAACAAAUCCCGUGCUCAAGAUUCUUAUCCUGUCUUGUCUACACCGUAUUGUACACGUUACGGAAUUCUGAAUAGCUGUUGAAUUGACACAUAUGUUUCUUCCUUUUUAAACACGAUUGAAUCUCUGUUCGGAUGACUAUCUGUGUGGAAAAACCUCAGCAGGGUGUUAUUAAUUUCCCUGGUAUCCUGGCCUUAGCAACAUAUACACAUCCGUCUUCUGUUGAGAGAAAAAUCCUGUUUUUUACUUGAUCCUAUUAUCAUUUAAAUGGUGCGAAACAAACAAAUUCAAAAUACUGUCGACAUGGAAUUUCAACGGUUUUGUGAAGGAGUCUUAAAUUCAUUGUGUUAUCUUUAAUUUAUAGUGACAUGUUGUACAUGCAGAUUUGUGAUCGGCUGCUAGUUUGCUCGCGGCAAUACAAUAAGAUACCGUGAACUAUUUCGAUAGAACACAAAAUCAUGUCUACCUGGGAAGAAAUUUAUGAGGAAUCCUCGGAAGCUUCUGUGGGGGAGAUGAUUCAAAGACGUGCCGCCAUGGAACACGACGGCUCCAGAGGACGAGGGUCACGUGACGUCGGGGUUCAGAUGAGAACUCAUUAUGUACUCGACCCAUAUCGACAUUUUUCAAAAGUUCGAGAUGUCGGAACACAGACUCGAGAAAAUGCCAACAAGGUGAUCUAUAAUCCAAGAAUUCUAUCAAACUCAUACUUAGAGGCGGUUCAGCAGAAAAGACAAGACAGGGAUUUCUCUUUUGUUUAUGAUCUCAGAGAGCAUGAUUUGUACCGGAUAAGAAAAUCAAGACCGGAUGUGGAUAUUCCCCAGAAGUAAGUGAUUCUGAUUCACUCUCUUCAAGAUCCCCUAACGACUUGUCUGAGACUGGUAGUUCUGUUAAUGUUGAGGGAUUCUAUAAAGCGUUUAGAGGAACGAGAAAUGUGGGUGUUCAAAUGGACACUAAGUAUUUAGUCCAGGAGUCACGACCGAAGUCAGUUGUCCGGGAUGUUGGAAUCCAAACUAAACUCCCUUCAUUAUAUGCGCCAUCUGAAAGUGAAAUGAUAGAAAAGUUAUGGCAAAAUAGACUACCCUUAUCCAAAAAUGUCACAUGUUCCCUUACGUCAUCAUGGCGUCAUGGAUCCGAGCUUUCAGAGUCAGAGAUGAGUUACAUGUUGGGAAAUGAAACGAGGAAAUAUGGCUCUGUACCUGAACGUUCAUUGAAAGUGAAUGAAAAACUUAGGAGAAAUGAUAUUUCAAAAGAAAGAGGGGUCUUAGACAGAACCAAUUACUUGAUUGUUCACAAGAACAAAAAUGAAAAUACUCAGUAUAGAAAAGACUUGAUAAAACAGAGGAGUUUUCGGGGAAAAGAAUCAAAGAGCAAAACACGUGUUAAGGAGAGGCCAAAAUCUGGUACUUUGUCUGAGGUGAGCACUUUCAGCAAAUCAUCAGACGGACAAAGUCAAAUAGAGGACAAACACAGACGGCGGGAGGACAGAUUCCAACUCACAACUUUUGAAUACUUGGGAACAGAACAACUGCCUGCACGGUUAAAAAGCGAGAAUAUCUCGAUAGCCAUGCAAACUGAGAGUGAAUGCAAAAGUCUCAAAGUGUUCCGAAAACCCUUACCUAGGCCUAAAAGUGAGUGGACUCGCGAUUGUAGACCACUCAGUAAAGGCAAACGUAAAACUUCCCUGAGCACCAGUGAUACAAGUGUGGAGGUUAUGUACACAACGUCCCGGCUUACCAAAGAGAAAGAUAACGUACACACACGUGAACAUACCCCUACGCCAGUGGAAAUAGUCCACGGCAGCCACCACCCUUAUCGGCCUAAAGAGGAUGCCAAGUACUCGGAAGAUAGGUCUCAGACAGAAAAACAAUCUUCAACCAAGACAUACUUUGAUAUUGAGGACGGUUUCAAGUCUUCUGAAAUUGGUCCUGAGCCCGAUGUUAUACCCGCUGAGCUCACAGAAAAGCCCGCUUUCAAACCACGACCUCCAAAAGCGAAGGCCCCACCCCCUCCAGAUGUCUUGAUCCGUGUUGGUGGAGGCUGGAUGAAGGAAGAACAUCAUCUGAUACAACACCGCCCCCUACACCGGAAGUUACAGUCUACAUCAGAUCGAAUCCCUUUCAUUCGUUCGCAGUUUCAUCACAACCCCUCUAAAACUCCGGUGAUCAACAAGCAACGGAAACAGACGGAUAAGAUUCGAUUUGCGUCUUUCAUUCCCUAAAUUCUAAUUUUCAGGAGGAAAUUGAGCAACUAUAAUUAUCUAUCUAUAUUGACUCUAACGGCAUACUGUUGUAUGAAUAUAAAAUAUAAUCUUAUUUGUAUUCCUUUUGUCUCCAUAGAGCUAUAGUAUUGCAACUACAGAAUGUAACAUUGUCUCUAUAUAAAUAUCAUAGCCAUAUAAAAGCUACUUGCAUUUAACUCAGUCGCAUAUUAGGAAAGCGUAUUUUAUCAUACAUAAUAUGCAGAUGAAACAAUAUCAAACCAAUCAGAUUAUUUUGAAAACGUGGAUAGAGAGAAAUGGCGGAUGGAGUAUACUUAUAAUCUAUGCUUAUUUAUUUAAUGAUGCUUAUAAUGGAGGAUGAAAUAUACUUAUAACCUCUGCUAUUUAUUUAACGAUGCUUAUGAACAGUAAAGUUUUACAACACUUCA